ACUGGGCCUGGCGUGGCAUUUGAUCCGCGUCAACACAGCGCUGGCUGACCCUCAUUCCAAAACACUGCGAGUCAGAGAGCGUUCAGCAGCAAUGACUGAACUUCUGGAGGAGCGCUACGCCAACGUCUACCUCUCCAUUUUCGCACUCUUCUGCUUCAAGCUCUUCAUAAAGAUCAGCCUGAACAUCGUCACGCACUUCUACGUGGUCAAGGGGAACCGGAAGGAGGCGGCCCGCAUUGCGGCGGAGUUCUACGAUUUUGGCCAAGGGCACAGCUCAUGGGCAGAUCGAUCUCCACUCCAUGAAGCUGCAAGCCAGGGACGCCUUCUGGCCCUGCGAACCCUUCUCUCACAGGGUUACAGUGCAAAUAUUAUCACCAUCGAUCAUGUGACUCCACUGCACGAGGCGUGUCUGGGGGAUCAUGUGGCCUGUGCCAGAGCCCUCGUCGAAGCCGGAGCUAAUGUAAACGCCACCACCAUAGAUGGGGUGACCCCUCUGUUUAACGCCUGUUCUGCUGGUAGUUCCACAUGUGCAGAGGUUCUGCUGGAGCAUGGAGCCAGCCCACAGCCUGAUCUGUGCCAACCAUCACCCAUCCACGAGGCCAGCAGCAAAGGAAGGACGGCGUGUGUGGAAGCUCUGAUCGCGUGGGGAGCAGACGUGGAUUAUGAUAUCCCGCACCUGGGAACUCCUCUAUACAUCGCCUGCAGCUCACGAGAGCUACAGUGCACACGGAAACUUCUAGAUGGAGGUGCUAAUGUGCAGAAAGGGCGGUUCCUGGACACGCCCCUCCAUGCGGCUGCGCAGAAAGACUGCCCAGAGAUCAUACGGGCGCUGCUGGAAUUCGGCGCUAAUAUAAACUCCCGCAACCUGGAGCUGCAGAAACCGGUGGAGACAGCGCCCCCUAGCAGCAAGGCAGAGAGCAUGCUUCUGCUGUAUGAAGCGACGCCGGCCGCUCUGAGUCAGCUGUGCAGGUUGAGUAUUAGAGAAUAUUUGGGCCGGACCCGACUCCACCUCAUCCCCCAGCUCAGACUGCCCAGCCUGCUCCACAGAUUCCUGCAGUACAGAUAGACCUCCACCUUCCCUCCUUCCAUCUCUCUCCUUCUUUACUCUUUACUCUCUUUUACUUUCUUCUCUUCUCUCAAGUGCAUUUAUUCAAUUUUCCUUUAUAACCUCAAACACAUAACACCCACUUUCCAUCACCUGUAGUUCUUUCUUAAAUACUGUAUGGAGUUUAACAAAUACUUAACCUUAGUGUAUGUCACAAAAGUGUGUACACCCCUCCCAGUUUUGUUAAUAUUUGAAUUAAUCUUUGCAUAGGACAACUCUAAAGAUAUGACACUUUAAUAUAAUGUAAUGUAGUCAGUGUACAGCUUGUUUAACAGUGUAAAUUUGCUGUAAAUUGUCUCAAAAUAACUCAAAUAUGUCUCAAAACAGACCAUCCAACAUAUUAACGACCCCAAACACACCUCUAAGAUGACUGAUGUUCUUGCAAAGGUAGCUGAAUAAAUGCAAAUAAAUGUAUGUAAUUUAUACAAUAUUAUUUUCUGGAUUUUUUUUUUUGAUAGUCUCUCAUUAUUUAAAUUAACAUACCCUUAAAAUGAUAUACUGUUUAUGUCUACUAUGCAAGUUAUGCAAGUUAAAUUCAAAUUACAUUCAAUUUACACUCCAAAUCAGCUCUUAAAUCUUAGGGGUGUGACGAGACACUAAUAUCACGAGACGAGACGAGACACGAUACUGGGUUCACGAGAAUGAGACGAGACGAGAUUUAAAAAUAAAAUUUUAAAGAAAACCUCAAAAAUGAAAAAUGGCUUGAAAACUAGAGUUUUAUUUGACAAAAUCAUAUAACGCAAAUAUUGAUUUUAUAAGAAAUAAAAAUAAGAAUAAGAAUAAAAAAAAAUUAAACUUUUCUAGGUCUUUUAUAGUGCAAACAAUAAGUGCAAACCAUAACCAGUCAUAUUAACCCUAUGGUUUGUGGUUUUUCUCCUAAAUCUCUUGUAAUUUAACUAUGCAGAACCAUAACCAGUCAUAUUAAGACUAUGCUUGAAGUGAAACAGAGACAGAACAUGUUUUUAAAUACAGUACAGAGCUAAGAGAUUAGUACAGCUGUCUAUGAAACAGUCACGUGUAGGAUUUACUUACAGUAUUUAUAUACGGUUUGUGUCUUGUUGGUCACUCUGUUACCGUUUAUUGUUUCCACUGGAGCCAAAAUGCAGCCAGACAUACAACUUAAAAAGGGGGUAUGCAGCCUAAGCGACGCACAGGGCGCUGCACUACAGGGGGCGCCAAAUGAAAGCCCCAAAUAAAUUUUCUCUCAGGAGAAACAGCCAAUCAGCUUGCUGGUUUUGCAGAGCACAGUGGGCUAGUAAUAACAGAACGUAUCUCCCCCCCCUCCCCCCACGGGGGCGCUGAUACUACGUUUGCAAUACACCACAAACAAAAAGUAGUUGCACUCCUGAUGUGUUGCCAGAUCCCGCUUAAAAACUCCACACUGAACUAUUUUUUUUUUCCCGCGAGACAGGUUAAAGCUUGACGAGAAAUAUCGUCACGUUUAAUCUCGCGAGAUCUUGUCACACCCCUACUUAAUCUCAAUUAAUAGUCCUGUUGUUCGGUUGUAGUAGUUGAUGUAGUAGUUGUUCAGUUGUUGUAGUUUUUCAGUAGUUCUGAUGGUCUGUUUUGAGACAAUGUUGAGUUAAACAAGCUUUGUACACUGACUACUUUACAUUGACCAUCCUCAAACGAAUGGUCAAAGGUAUAAAAAAAUAAAUAUCUACAAAAAUAUGAAGGGUGUACUCACUUUGAGACAUUCUAAAUUACAGAAACCACCUAAAAUUAGCACUUCUGUUGAAUCAAAACCUCAUAUUUCCAUAAAAUAAAACCUUUUAGAGACAUCACUGGUAAUUAUCAUUACCACCUACUGCACUGCACUGUCCACUGUGGGUGGUAAUGUUAAUCUUCUAUCGCAUAUCCCCAGUACACAUGUGGCACUCUGGCUAGUAUUCAGCAUCACUUACAAGAUAACACCUCACAACGUAUACAAGUUCGGGCAUUUUCAAGCCAUGCCCUGAAGUUACACUUAAUAAAUCAUAAAACCUUUCAUGACUUUUGGCCUGCCAUUGUAGAACAAUUUCCUUUACUAAACCUAUAAAUUCCCCUUCCUUUCAAGGGUUUUGUUGAAUUUUUUCACAAUGUUCACGCAGAUUUUUGAGGACAUUAAAUUAUAUUAAAACGUCACAAUGAAAGGAAAGGGUUACUGACUUAACAAAACAAGACCUACUAGUACUAAAACAGGGUUAUUUUCAGUGGCAGAACCAAUUUUAGUGCUGAUUUUGAUCAUUUUAUAUGGUUUCAAUUAAAAAAAAAAAACAUCUAUUUUUCCCGUUUUCCCUUUGAUUUCAGAAAAUUCCUUAUGUUGCCAUUGUUCUCUUUUGAAUUAUUGCACUCACUGUAACCUUUAGAGACACUGUUUUUACUGUAAGAAACUUUAUAGUUAAAUUACUUAAAUUAUGUUUAAAAAGGGAAAUCUCUACAUUUUACGAACUUCUUGGUAGACAUUUAAAAAUGUAGCACACAGGAAGUGAUGUAUGAACUGAUAACUGAACUGAUAACAGCUUUUGCUUUACUGUAAAAAUACAAAAUAUGGAGAUUCAAGGUUUUGUUCCAACAGUGAUAAAGUGCUGUUUUUACCUUUAUUGUCCUUUAAUGAAAAGCUGAUUUCUAUGAAGCAUUUUAAUCAGAUGGACCCAUUAAAUAACAAUAUUUUUUACUAUGCUACCUUAAAUAGACAUUAUCAGAAGUGUCAGAACAUAUAAACAUUUUUGGGCUUGUGUUCACACUGUUUAUUAUUUAAACUGGUUUGGCUGAUAAAUUAAAUGUCCAAUUUCCUGUUUUACUGUAAUCAAUCAGCCAGGAUGUGUUCAGGGCAUAACAUUAUUUUAACUACAGAAAGUAGUGUCUUAUUUUAUUGGCAGAUAUUCAUGGCUAAUUCAAUAAAUAAGUAAUUUAUUGAAUGCCUUUUACUACUUUACGUUGCACCCAUUGCUGACACAGAUGUGCAAAUGCACACAUAGCUUGUCUUGUACAUGUAAAUUAUUGCAAAUAGAAUAGCACUCUUUAGAGCAGAUAAACAAACAUGGCAUUGGGUGGCAUAGUGGCUUGUGCCAGGUUCACACUACACGACUGGUUGUUAUGUAAUUAAAGAGUCCUUCAGUUGUUAAGACCAUUAUUACAGGGCUGGCGGUCACAAAUUACACUAUUUCUCACUGUGGGAAAUUGCCGGCUCAUCUGCUGCAUUCAAGAAACUCGUUUAUCACGAUAAAACACCUGAACUAGCAAUGCCACGCUUAAGAAUCUAUAUAGAGGAGAAUACGCACUUAAAGUGAGUCCAACAUAUGAAGCAACUGAGUAAAAUCAGAGUUUAUAAAUGUCUGAUCAGUUUUAUACUGAAAUAUGUACUUAUUUCCUCAACACAGAACUAUAUGAAAUGUAUCAGCAUCGCAGAAAUCAUUUUUUUUAUCGUUUUAUCUCCAGCUAUAAGUCUUUUAAACACACUCUUUUACCUGUAUCUCCAGGUUCAGCUCGCCAACCAAUCAGCUUUACAGUGUAAAACCUGUUUUCUGUAGAUAAAAUGAAAUAUAUAGACAUGCUUUCUUUGCUGGUUUUAGUAAAAUACAUUACUUUAUUCUACUUAAAAUGAAAGAAAUACUCAGAUCAAGUAGUUCAUUAUUAUUUUUAAUUAAAAAAUUUUAGCUUUUAGCUCCGUUCACCUCAUUUAUAGAUGAUUUACUCACGGACUCCCUCUAGAGUUUAACAGUGAUUUACUGAUAUAACAGGGGGCAGAAAGUGGUCAGACUCCAUAAAUGCAGGGGGUGGUUCUCUCUUUCUCUGUGACUUAAGUGGCAGUAUGUAGCUGCUGCUCCUGACUCCUAGUUGCCGACUAGGUCAGAUACCUAGCAUGUCAAAUAUGUGCAGGGCAUCUGCAAAUUGUCGGCGAUCAGGCAGCGAUGGAUCAGCAAGCGUCUUUCAGUAGUUCACAGUAGUUAAUUAAUUUAAUUAUUUACUUAUAUGGAUCUACUUAAAUAAGUGUAUUUUUAUUUUGUCACUGCUUUUAAUAGUUGUGUAAUGGUGAUAGUAUGUAUGAAAAGUCUGCUUAUGCAAAUCAAUUGAUACUCCACAGAGACGAGAGAGGAGAAUAGGUGGAAAAACAAACACCUCAAAAGAGGUGCAGAAAAAAAGGCGGGAAACUGAACAAAGAAAAUACCACUCUUGGCUUUUACAAACAAAAUACAGCUUUCAGCUACACUUUGUUUUAAAUCUGAAUAUAAGUUAUAUAGAUGCUUUCUCCUUUGGUUUCUUUUAUGACUUUUUUUCUUUACUCUUUCUUGUUUUUGUUUCUCUCCAUAGUUUUUUUUUUUCUCUAUUUCCUCUGUUCUCUCCUCUCUAUAUUGUUUUUUCAAUCUGUUCUCUUCUCUUAUUUUAUCUUCUUUCUAUCUUAUUUCCUUUCUUUCUUGUUGUCUUGCUCUCUUUUCUUAUCCUUUCUGUUAUCAGUCAUCCCUCUACAAACCUGCAACAGAGAAGUGUGGUAGUGAUGGGUCUGACGACCCUGAAACCUCGACACAUGCGCCCAGCUGUCAAGGCGAAACCCCGUGUCGGUGCGCGUAUCAAGUUAAGGAAAACCACGUGACCGAUACACUUCCUGUGUCGUUUGGUAGCCAUGGGUCUGACGACACUGAAACUUCAGCGCAUGCACCGAGCAAACAAGGCGAUCCCCUGUGUCGGGCCGCGUAUCAUUUUAAGGAAAACCACGUGACCGAUGCAUUUCUUCGCACAGUUGCUUGCAAUGACUUUCUUAGUCCAGCAGAUGUCGCCAUUAAGUGAUACAGCAACACAGUUUCAACACAGUGUCGAUACAGUUUGGGAAAUGUGCCAUACACCCAAUGAGGCUUCAUCUGCCCAUCACUAAAGUGUGAGUUUGACUGGGGGUUUAUAUAGAGUGCUGCACAGGUGCGGCUGGUUGGUGUUAAUCACCACCGGGGAUUCUGGGAGUUGGAGUGGAAAACCCAACUCUGCCAUUUGCCUCCUACACCUACCAGCCCCCUGCUGGCAGUCUGGGGUGCAGCACUUUCCAUUACACCAAUUAGAUUAUGUUGAUUAUGUUAGAUUAUGUUAGAUUAUAUUAAGUGAGGCUGUACAUCUUUACAGGGACUAGUAUGCACAAGGACACUCUCUCUCUCUCUGUGUGUGUGUGUGUGUGUGUGUGUGUGUGUGCAUUUGCACAUCUGUGUCAGCAAUUGGUGUAACUUACAGGAGCUGAGUGCGUUCAUCAGAAGUGAUGUAAACCCACAAUUGUUGGUUAGUUGAAUGUUUUCUAAACAUUAUACUUAAUGUUUACGGAGCCACUAAGGUAAUAAUGCAUGGCCACGACUUAUUAAGGCGUGGGAAUGAGAUCCUAAUCCAUGGACACAACUUAUUAAGGCAUGGGAACAAGAUCCUAAUGUGUGACCACAAUUAACACUCUUUAAUUAUCUUGUUUCCAUGGAUUAGGAUCUCGUUUACACUUCUUAAUUAUCUCGCUUGCACAGAUUAAGAUCUCAUUUCCACUCCUUAAUUAUCUUGUUUCCACGGAUUAGAAUCUCGUUUCCACUUUUUAACUAUCUCGUUUCCACGGAUUAAAAACCUCGUUUCCACUCCUUAAUUAUCUCGUUUCCAUGGAUUAGGUUCUCAUUCCCACACCUUAAAAACUUUUAAAAACUUUGCUAAACUUUCUUGUAACAUUCUCUGUUAGCUGGGUAAGGAUAAAUUGUGGAUCACUGGCACGUCCUGGCUGUAAAAAUUGUGUAGAUCUGGGAAAAAAUGGGAAAUUAGGUACAUUUAAUUAUUAAACAUUUCCUUAAUGUGAAGGGAAGUACAUAACACACACACAUAAAACACUUUUCACACCCUGCACUGUUUCCUCUGCUCUCUCCUUCUCUCUCUCUCUCUCUCUCUCUCUCUCUGUCUCUCUUUCAGAUCACAUGUGGUUCAAUCACAUCCUUCAGAACUAGUGUAGAAUAUUCACACCUGUACAGUAUUUUUCAAAAACAGAGCAUGAUAAAAAUAUUAAAUCUCUAUGGAAAUAAAGAAAUGAUUUAUUGAACAAUUUCA